UGUCUAUAAACCUCUCGUAGCUGCAGCUCUGUUUUACUACAUGUUUGAAAUGAUUGAACGGCUCUUUCAGAGCGUUAUCUGCUGGGUACAGUCGGAACUUUCUAUGGAGGUUUAACGGAUCAUUCAUUCUCUAAAUAUCUGUUGUGCAGUGUAGAAUAAGGCUUUACUGGUGUUGCACAUUAGUUAUUUUUAACCCUUAAAGGAAGCCUGUAACGAGAGAUCUGUUGGCGCAGCUGGACAGUUGGUGCACGAUGUCGGCGGGGUAAUAAAAGGUAUUCUGAAGCAGGUUACUCCUCUACUCUUCUGUACCAUGAGUGAUCAGCCAUGGACCAGAUCACUUUUAACCAUGAUACUGUGCUGUCAGAUGUUCACAUGCUGCUGCCCAACUCACGCCACCUCAUGACACGCCUCAACUCUGUUGGACAGCUUGUCUUCAUUUCUAAAUUCAAGAUCAUGAGAGUCGGUGAAAGGCAUGACAACAAGGACCCAGGAGAAGGUUUAAAGGAGGCUGGGGAAAGCCAUGAACUAAGGGAAGAUGGGGAAAAAGUCCCACAAGGAAAAGAUAGAGAGGAAGGCGGGGAAGGCAAUGUGGAACCAUUUUUGGAUGAGGACGGAGACCUUGACAUCACGCAUCGGCCGAGGAAAAACCCUAAGGAGGGUAAUGGCCGAGACUUGGUCUGUCCCAUCAUUCUCAAACAGUCCAACCCUGUACCGGAACAAGAAGAGGAGAAUACGGAUGAUGAAGUUGAUCAGUCCUUCAAUGACAUUAUAAAGAUUGAACACACUAUGGCCACAACCCUGGAGGACGUUGGCAAACAGGUGUGGCGAGGGGCAUUCCUCUUGGCUGACUUCAUCCUCUCCAAGCCACUCAUGUUCAGAGGAGCUACAGUCCUAGAGCUGGGAGCUGGAACAGGCUUAACUAGCAUCAUCAUGGCAACCAUCGGCAAAACAGUGUACUGCACAGAUGUGGGAGAAGACCUUCUAAGCAUGUGCAAGAGAAAUGUUACAUUAAAUAAACACAUGAUGGAUCCUGCAGCUGCUGAUGUGAGAGUGAGACGGUUGGAUUGGCUUCAGCAUGACCUUUGUACAGAUGCUGAAGUGGAAUUUAGCUGGACAGAGGAGGAAGUAGCGGAUAUGUACAACAACACAAAGAUCAUCAUUGCUGCUGAUGUUAUCUAUGAUGAUGAUCUGACAGAUGGCCUCUUCCGAACACUGUACCGACUCUGCAGUACCUUUCCUCACACCUGCACAAUCUUCAUCUCCAUAGAGAAAAGGAUGAACUUCACCCUGCGACACAUGGAUGUUUCCUGUGAUGCCUACAACCAUUUCAGCCACUGUCUGUCGCAGCUGCAGGACCUGGUGGAUGGACGGUGCAACUUCAAAGUGGAACAGCUCCCUUCUAACUUUGCGCAGUUUUUUCUGUAUGAACGCAUAGAGCAAUUGGAGCUGUGGAAGGUGACUGCCACUCCACUUCCAUUUGACCCGGCCCAAUCUGAUUCUGAGCUGUUUUCAUUUUGAGCUAGACCCUCCGAGCAGUGUGAACACUGUCCUCUCCCCAAAAGUUACCAUACGAAGCUCCAGUUAACAGCUGAAUGUCCAUCCAUCCAUCCAUCGUCUACCGCUUAUCUGGGAUCGGGUCGCGGGGGCAGCAGCUCCAGUUGAAUGUAAAACAUAAAAACUCAAGGCAACAUCACCAGUUCCUACAGAAGUAAAAUUAUAUGAUUUAGUAAUUCAAGAUAGAAACGAGAUAGAAACAGAGGUUAUCAGGGAGUUUUAAAAAUAGGUCAUUGAUUUGUUGCAUGAAUGUAGAAUAAUUUAUUUUUGAACAUGAUUGAUGCACUCUAACAUGACGAACUGUAGUUGAAGCUAUUUAGAGGUAAUUGAAUUUCUUUAAUAACUUUGUUAAAGUCAAGUCAUAUCUGCCUAGAUGUUUGUACAGUAGCCUAUGUCUGAUUAGAAACAAAGUCAAAUAAAGUUUUGCAUUCCUGAUUUCAUCCUCCUGUGUCCAAUCACCCUGCCCUUGUGUCUUUUCCUGCCUACUCCAGCUGUGUCCCGUUCUGGUGAUUUUACUUUUUGUAUUUUUGCAAGCUUUAUUAAAAUAUAGCUCUCGUCUUGUUA